CCGGAAAAAUACGGUGCAAUACACUUCCGGUCGUCGUUUCUGUUGAUCGUGAUACUAUUAAGCGGUAAAAGAAUCCUGCAUCAUAGCUUUGGCUUCAUCCAUGCCGAUAGAAUAGCCGUGAUAAUGAAUAAUAUUUCGAGACGUUUUGUAUCGUCGGGGAGCCUCUUUACGAAACGAAUCCAAUCCGUGGCCGGUACAAAUGGUGGUAGUGUGACAUCCGCUGUCCGCUUUCCGUCUUCGUUGGAACGCGAACAUUGCCAACAACAUCGUCGUGGGUUUGGGUCUGUGGAUAUUCCCCACCGGCAGGGGUUUUCGGUGGGCAUGGUAUCUAAUUUGGCAUCGUCCCUCUCGUCUUUCAGAAUCAGUAGGGGUUUUUCUUCGAAUGCAACGCCAGAAUCAAACGACAACGAUGAUCAGCAGCAACAAGAACAGCAGCUGCAGAACCAGAUUUUGUCGCCUACUACCCCAACCAUGUUUACAGACAGGGACUCGGGCGAACAAUACGGUGUUGUUCUCGAUACACGAAAACUCCCCAAACUGAAACCAAGUGUCGUUAGAAGACGAUUGGACAAAUGCAAAACGUAUGUUGGUCGGGAACAAUCCAUUCGCCACUCUCCCUGGAAACUGAACCGGAUCUGCCAGCUGGCGGCGGGUCUCACACUGGAGGAGGCCCUGACACAGCUAAAAUUUCUCGACAAAAAAAAUGCCGAUUUGGUAGCCAAAGUACUGAAGCGAACCAGCAAUCUAGCGGACAUUCGUGACGGUCUUCAGAUUUCUCAACUGGAAGUUGCGGAAUGCUUUGCUACGAGAUCGCUCAUGCUCAGACGCAUCAAACCGAUGGGCCGAGGGAGGUAAGUGAAUGAUUCGCACUGAGUUUGAGUUUCUCCCUGGUACAUCAAUGUCUACGUUCGGAAUUGAACCGCAAGCCCUUCCACGCAAUACAUCUCAUGAUGGCCCUUCCUUUUGGUGAAUGAACAAAUCAAUAAUCGCUCGAACCGCACUGCAAUGUCAAUGGAAUCGCAAUUUAUUGUAGACACGGUGUGAUGCACCACAAAUUUUCCCACAUUCGAGUCGUCUUGAGAGAAAUCGAUUUCCCACUCCGAAUUUAUCAGCAAAAAUCCCUGAAUCAGAAAAAGAAGUGGAUGCUUCACCAACAACGUGCCCAAAAUGAUGCACAGGCCGCCAUGGCCAAGCGAGAAGAAUUGGAACGCCUCGAGAAACAACAACAGGCCCAACUCGAAGAGCGCAAGAAAGCUGCGAGGAAGCAAUAAAAAUACGAUCUAAAUUUACACGCGGAGA